AUGACCACACGCAGUCAAGCGCAAGAGCAUCGCGUCGUGAUCGUCGGGGGCGGCAUCAUGGGUUGCGCAACUGCGUACUACUUGCAGCAAAAAUUCAACAACGCUGUUUCUGGAAAAUCGCAGAUGCAGAAAAGUCUCAAAAUCGUGAUUCUCGAGCAGGAAUCCAUUGCGUGCCACUCCAGUGGCAAAGCGGCCGGCUUUCUCGCCAAGGACUGGCAUGGCUCCGGCUCCGCCGUAGAAAGUCUGGCUGUACUUUCUUUUCAGCUACACGAGCAGUUGGCAAAAACUUUCAGCGCGGAAGCGAUCGGGUACCGUCGUAUGAACUGCAUCGGCCUGGGGUUCGGCGGAAUUCACCAAACCGGCGGACGCGAGUGGCUGGCGAAGUGCGACUCGGAAAGCGGACGGGACAUGGGCAAGGAGGACACGCUCGCGCAAGUCCAUCCGGAGAAGCUAACGAAAAAACUGCUGGAGCACACGAAGGACGUCGAAGUGAUGGAGUCCUGCAAAGUACUGGGCGUCAGCUUCAACGAAAACAUCAAUGGAGGGGGUGACAGCAGGCAAGCUUCGGCCGUUCAGGUUGAGUUCCAGGGAAAGACCAGAACCCCAACCAGUCCGACGCUCAUUCCCUGUGACCAAGUGGUCUUUUGCCUCGGCGCGUGGUCUUUCCGAGUAAGAGACUGGCUUCUGGAUGCGAUUCCGCGUGAGAGCGAAGGCGAACUGGCAACUGCAAAUAGUUUUGCCGACCCGACCAGCCAGUUACCAGACAAGGAAGCACGAUUGCAAAAGAACAAGUCCGGUAGACUCGACAUUCUGAAGGAUACCUGCGGCCAGCGGUAUACUUCAGUGGUGUACGAAAAUAUUCAAACUGACAACACCGCGGUGUUUCUCGAUUCAAAGCAUGACGUGGAACUCUAUCCCAGGCCGGGUAACAUGCUAUACGCCUGCGGCUGUCCAGACCGGGUGAGCGUGCAAGAGCUCGACGGGAAAUACGCAAAGGACAUCGGACCAGCAGAGGUUGACGUGAAAACAAUACGAGGCGAAGUCGAGAAAAUUGUUGCAGGACCUGGAUCAUCUGAGAAAGCUACUACGGGAAAGGAGAAUGUAGACAAUUCGUCAAGAUUCUCAGCCGCUACCUCCUGUGUCCUCCCGAGCUCCGCCGACGGUUCUAUUGUGCUGGGAAAGAUCGAGGCGUGCCAAAAUGCCUUCAUCGCUUGCGGGCACACGUGCUGGGGAAUCCUGAAUGGCCCGGGAACGGGGUACAUCCUGGCGGACUUGGUUUUGAAAGACUCUGGUCUACUGACCAACGAAGGCCAGCUCGAUGAUGCACCUGUUGUGCGUAAGAACGAGAGGAAUAAUGAUCUUGUAAAUACUGGGCGCGCUGCUCCUGUUGACGCGACAACGAGUGACGAGAAAAGGAAGAUCGAUCAGAUUCUCAAAAACUUCUCACCAAAUCGCGAGCCAGCAACUGGCUGCGCACAACAGUAA